AUGAAGGCGACGCCGCUCUCCAACUGCGAGCGGCGCUUCCUCCUGCGCGCCGUCCAGGAGAAGAAGCGCCUGGACGGGAGGCAAUGCUACGACUACCGCAACAUCCGCGUCUCCUUCGGCGCCGACCGCGGCUGCUGCAUCGUGGAGCUGGGCAGGACCAGGGUUCUUGCACAGGUCUCGUGUGAGCUCGUUCCCCCUAAGCCCAGUCGGCCCACGGAAGGUGUGCUCUUCUUUAAUCUGGAGCUCUCACCCAUGGCUGCACCUGGGCUGGAGCCUGGCAGACAAUCCGAGUUACUGGUGUCACUGAACCGACUGCUGGAGCGAUGCCUCAGGGAUUCCAAAUGCAUUGACACUGAAUCUCUCUGCGUUGUUGCUGGUGAAAAGGUUUGGCAAAUUCGGCUGGACAUGCAUCUGUUGAACCAUGAUGGCAACAUCACUGAUGCUGCCAGCAUAGCAGGGAUUGUAGCUCUGUGUCAUUUUCGCAGGCCAGAUGUGUCUGUGCAGGGAGAGGAAGUAACUGUGUACACUCCUGAGGAACGUGAUCCUGUCCCCUUGAGUAUCCACCACAUGCCCAUUUGUGUCAGUUUUGCCUUCUUCCAUCAAGGAACCUUUUUAUUGGUGGAUCCAACUGAACGUGAGGAGCGGGUGAUGGAUGGGCUCCUUGUAAUUGCCAUGAAUAAACACGAUGAAAUUUGUACCAUCCAGUCCAGUGGAGUGGUCAUGCUGCUGCAGGAUCAGAUUCUGAGAUGCAGUAAAAUAACAGCUGUUAAGGUUGCAGAAAUAACAGAACUGAUUCAGAAAGCCUUGGAAAACGACCAAAAAGCCAGGAAAGAAGGCGGGAAGUUCGGCUUUGCGGAAUCCAUCCCCAACCAAAGGAUCACUGCCUUCAGAAUGGAGAGUGCUGCUGUGGACACCAACGACGUGGAAGAGCAGGCUGGAGAAAUCAUUGCUAAAGCUGACCCUCCUUCAGAAGUUUUUGCCAAUCCAGUAUUGCACACUCCUGGGACAGCCCAAAUUGGGGAAGGAAUAGAGAGCUCCUGGGGAGACCUUGAAGAAUCUGAGAAGGAAGAAGCAGCAGAAGAAGAAGGUGAAAGUGAGGCAGCUGCUUUUGAAUGUGAGAAAGUGGAAACUGAGGAUACAAGUACACAGGUUGGGGUUGGUGUGUUUUUUAUAGAUGAACCCAUUGUACUGUCUGACAGUGAGGAGGAAGAAGUUGUCAUUCUGGAACCACAGGAGCUGCCAAGGAAAACAAGAACACAGACCAGCUCCAAACAAGAAAAUCCAAGUAAGAAAGCAUUUAACAAAAGGAGAAGAAAGAAGAGAACUUCUCGUUAAAGCUGUCAUCCCUCCUGCAGGAAUGCUGUAUAAUAUGGAUUUUGGUGUAUUAUUACUGAGCUUAUUUUUGUAUGUUAUUUUAUUUCCUCCCCUCCCACUAUCUGGUUCUGCUUUUACCUGUAUGUUAAAACUCUUGU